AUGCCAACAAUUGACGCUCCAUCAUCAUCACCUAUUUUAAUUGAUGGACCAAUUGAUGUUCAACAAGCACCUGCUCGUGUUCGUCAUUAUUUCAUGUUUUCACUCUUUUCGGCUAUUUGUUUAUGUCCAGCAACAGGUCUUGUUGCAUUGGCUUAUUCAUUAAAAAGUUCAGCUAAAGCUGAUGUAAAAUUUCAUGAUAAAGCUCGACUUUAUUCGCGUCGUGCAUUACUUUGGAAUUUAAUUUCCAUUGUUCUUGCUUUAUGCUCAGUUUUUAUGGUUUUGGCUUUUUGUUAUUAUUUCAAUGAAAUGGUAAAAGUUUAUGGAAAUUCAGCCGACAGUAUUUAUCAAAAACAACGUUAUAAUGAAAUAAAUAACGAAAUAAAUAGAAUGAUUCAAUCAUUCACAAAUGACAAAUAA